AGUAAGGCAGAUGGCAACAACAACUGAGGCAUUGCUGCAGUUUCACAGACCUAUAUUGCCAGCCAUUUCAGAACAACCAAACAUCCCAAAUGUUAUUACAGAAACAUCCGACAAGCAAACGAAAGCAAGAAAGUCGCUGUUCUCCCCUGUCUCUGGACAAGCAACUGAUAAAAAAGGACCCAAAGUAGAGAGUUUCCAGGAUUUUAAAGUUCACCCUGUAUCACAGAAAGAAAUAACCAUUGGUGAUAACAGUAUACUAUGAAAGUGGAAAGAGGACAGUUGUCAUUGAAAACAAAGACCAUAUAAAAAUGUGUAAAGUCAUAUUCUACCAAAAAAAUGUUGAAAAGGGACUUAUGGAGAUUUUAGAAACAACCAGCAAAGAUCAAUUUGCUGCUUAUGCUGCAAAGAUAGUAAAGAAUGAAUGUGAAACUAUUUGUAAACGGCACUCGGACUUCGCAUUGACUGAUAAAACUUAUGAAGGGAUAAUGGAAUUCUCCUGGGACCACUUAUACCAAGACCUAUUACUUGGAGCUCCAAACACUUUACGCAUUGUGUCAUCCAUGGUAACCAGUAGCAUCCCAAUGCCAGUACCAAGCAAGGAAUUUCACCAUGCCCUUUUUGCAAUAGGUAUAAUAUUACAUGGACGAAACAGGGAAGCAACUACAUUGCAGUAUCUGAAUGGAAUGGUACUUCUUCAUGGAGGGUGUACACAUCAGGACAUGAAACGCUUGGCUAAGUUAGGUGUAUGUGUCUUUCCUGAGACAGUCAGAAAUAAACUGCAGUCCUGGCAAAGUAAUCUUGAUGAAAAACUGUUAGAAGUGAAGGAAAAAUGGUGCAAGGGUGACAGUAUGACAUAUCAACUUGUUGGCGAUAACUGGGAUAAAAAUAUAGUACCCUCUUACAGGACUUCUAAAAAUUCAACACAGUCAAUACAUCUUUUUAACGUUAUUGGCGUCAUUGACCGGAUUGUAAUAAAGAAGGAAGAAGGCACUCCUGUUAGGACAGUGGACAGCAUGACAGCCGUUGACUUUAUACCAUCUGAAGGGGACAUUGACAGUCUACAAAAAGAACUAACGUUCCUUGUGGCCAGAUCUGUUAUCCAAAAUAUUAAACAAAUGGAAGAUUUGUUUGGGAAAAUUUACCCUGGCCAUCUGGAGCAUAUCCACAGUAAUGAAGCUGGAAUGAAAACUUCGCAGUAUUCUCUUGGUCUUUUUGAUUGUGAUGAAAAGAAAACAGCAGAUGUCAUAAGGUUGUUGCAAAACUUGACAGAGAAAUACGUUCCCAAGAAGGAUGGGGAGAUUGUUGAAGAAGUUUUUUUUGGAGGAGACAGACUGACUGAUGAAAAAAUUCAGGUUGCUCAGCAAGCAAUGAGAAAUGCUGACAGUGGCUUAGAGAGGUUAGAAGGCUUCAUUUCAAAGAUAGAGGAUUUUCAUCGCUUAAUGAAUUUUCUGGAGGCAAUCCACAGGCUGUCAUACAAUACACAGUCUUCCAGAGAUAGGGGAACUGUACAUUAUUACAGAAACUUACUGAAUGCGCGAAAUGUCAAGGGCGAAGUAAAAAACUCUUACCGGGCAUAUAAGCAGCUAUAUUACACAUUGUUUGAUGCCAUUUGCUGUGUGCUGUUCCUUAAGAAAUUUGAAUUGGAUAGCUGUGAUUCAACUAUUCCAGUACCACAAGGCAUAAAAGAUUGGGAAGCAGAUCAACAGUUACAAUGGCUAAAUGACAAGUGUGGUGAAAUUGUAAAAGAGAUUUUUCCUCAUGAUUUAUUUGCAGAAUUGCAGAAUGUGCUCGCAGAUCCUGAUCACGAGGAAAAUUACUGGGUUAAUUCUAUUGAAAAUGACAAUUUCAAGUGCCACUUCUGUAAUUCAAGUUUUCCGUCUAACAGCUCUUCACCAAAACUUAAACAGUGCUGUUGAUAUGGGUGAUGGCUACAGAGUAGUAAGGAGUGCCAAAUUUGAAACGCCUAUAUACAACAGGACCAACAAAGUUAAAUAUUUGAUAGGAAGUGUACAUCUUACAGCACUUGUGUCUGGCACAUUACCGGCUCACCAAUCAAAGCGC